CUGUUUGUCUGAUUGCCAUGGGAGAGAAACUUCAGAGUUGUCCUUCCCAUCCCACCAUAACUAUUUCCUUACUUGUUUCUCCUCAUUCUUUCAAGUUUCAACCUCCAUCAAAGCUGAUGUAACUUUGGCCACAAAAUUUAAUUUUUACAGGUCCCCAGCUUUUAUUUCUGCUUCCUGGAUUUUCCUAUAUUGCAGCGACCAGGGAGGAAAGAAUUAAUGCCGAUUCUAACCAGAAUAAGUCAUCAAACCGACUUUAAGUUCUAAACAACAUUGUAUAUUCGAUAAAAGUCGGUGGGUUUUCAUCUCAAGAACUAGAUUCUUUUUCUGGAGAUCUGAAGCAGAACUGGGAGAAUGUUCAAAUCAUGGAGCAAGAAGCAGAAGAUCAAAGCUGUAUUCAAAUUGCAGUUCCAGGCAACACAGGUGCCGAAGUUGAAGAAACCGGUUUUGAUGAUAUCUUUGGUGCCAGAUGAUGUGGGAAAGCCGACAGUGAAGCUGGAGAAAGCUGCUAUUCAAGAUGGAACUUGUUACUGGGAGAAUCCUGUUUAUGAAACAGUCAAGCUUGUUAGGGAGAUAAAAACAGGAAAAAUCAAUGAGAAAAUUUACCAUUUUGUUGUUGCAACUGGCUCAUCAAAAUCUGGCUUUGUUGGCGAAGCUUCAAUCGAUUUUGCAGAUUUUGAGGCCGAAACUGAACCCAUGACAGUUUCCCUUCCUCUUAAGUUUGCAAACUCCGGCGCCAUAUUACAUGUGACUAUUCACAAGAUGGAGGGGGAUAAUGACCAAAGAGAUUAUGAAGAGAAUGGAGUUGCAACACUUCAACAUGAGAACAGCUUUAAUAGCCAGCUUAGCUUUUCUAGUACAGAAGGAAACCAUUAUCCCACAGAAAAUGGUAAUAUACAUACAUUACAUGAGGAUGCAGAACAAAAUGGCAACUCUAGAGUGUCCCUUGGCUCCAAUUCUGCUAAAUUUGCAUCAUACUGGGAUGGUAAUAACGUUGAAAGAAAUACUCAACGGGAUUCCAGAUCAAUGAAGAAUGCUAUCCAAAGUCCUACCCUCUUAUCACCCCUUAGACAGAACUCCAUGCCUAAGAAGGCAACGGUGGACAGUGCUAGAGUGAAAAGCCAAGCACAUAAACGAUCAAAUACAGAAUGGUCGUUGGGUUCAGUUUCAGACGGAAGUUUUGGUGACUCAGGAAAUAGUAUUGAAGAAAACACUUCAAGAGAAAAGAUGCACCACGUGCCAAAUAAUUCGAUUGAAACAGUAAAAAAUGAGAAUGUUAUGCUCAUCAGAAAGUUAGAAGUAACAGAACUGGAGUUGCAGUCUCUUCGUAAACAGGUCACAAAGGAGACUAUACAAGGGCAAAAUCUAUCACGACAAAUCAUUUGCCUUACUGAGGAAAGAGAUGCACUCAAAACAGAGUGUAAACAACUCAAGUUCUUGAAGAAAUGUAAUGAUGAGGUAGAAGACUCAAAAACUUUAAAGUCUGAGAUAAAGGAAGCAAGGAUUCAGCUGGCAGCAAUAGGGGAAGAGCUUAAGCAGGAAAAGGAGUUACGUACUGAUCUUCAGCUACAACUGCAGAAAACACAAGAGUCCAACUCUGAUUUAGUUCUUGCUGUGAGAGAUCUUGAAGAAAUGGUUGAGCUAAAAAACCGGGUAAUAUCUGAUCUUUCAAGAAGUUUAGAAUCCUCGGAGAGUGAUAGAGAACCGAAAAUUGUUUAUGAUUGUAAAGAGAAUAAUGAUGAAAACCCAAAACGUAAAGAAUCGAUUCAUGAGUAUGACAAUGUCAAGGAAGUGGACAUGUUGAAACGGGAGAUCAAAGAUUUGAAUGGAGAAAUAGAAAUGCACUUGAAGAACAUAGAAGAGUUAGAGAUGCAUUUAGAACAACUCAUGUUAGACAAUGAAAUUCUUAAGCAAGAAAACAAAGACAUCUCUGCAAAAUUCGAGAGAAACAAAACAGAAUAUCUCCGAAAACAGAAUGAAUACUCAGGUUCUCUGGCUGUUAUAAAAGAACUGGAAUCUGAAAUAGAAAGACUAGAAGAAAAACUCCAAAUACAAACUGAGGAGUUUUCAGAAUCGUUGAUUUCAAUCAAUGAGCUUGAAGGUCAGAUCAAGCGUUUGGAGAGAGAAUUGGAAAAGCAGACACACGAAUAUCAUGACGAACUCAAUGCCAUCAAGCAUGCCAAUGUUCAGUUGGAAAAAAUGGCUAUAGAAGCAAAGGAAGUAUUGAGUAAGACAAGAUGGAAAAAUGCCAUAAAAGCCGUCUGUCUUCAGAAGAGAAGUAAAAGGUUUUCAAUGGAAAUGGCUUCCAAGUUAAAUGAUAAUGAAAAGAGAAUCACUAAAGCUGUCAAAGAAAUCAAUGAAUUGCGUUUGCAGAAAAUAGUACUGAAAGAAAUGCUCCAGAAAUCUAAUGAAGAGUCAAGGCGAAAUAGAGAAAAGUGCGAAGAAAAAAUGCAUGACCUUUCUUUCCAGCUAGAGUUAAAAACAAAUGAAAUGCAUAACAUGUCAAUGGAGCUAGAUAAUAAGUCCAGACAACUUGAAGAUGCGAAAAAGCAUGAAAACUAUCAACAGGAGGAAAUCCAAAUGCUGAAAUCAAAUAUAGAAACAGUAAAUGCAGAAAGGCACAUUGCAAAGCAGACAGAGAGUGAACAACUUCAAUGUUCGAUUUCUGAAAUGCAAGCAUUGGAAGAAAGAAGGAAAGAGAGGGAAAUUUUAGAAAGAGAGAUGGCUUUUUCGAAGAGAGAAGCAGAAAAGGCACAGGAAGAGCUUACUAGAAUGAAAGCUUCCAAGCACGAGCAAGAUACAUUAAUUGACAAUCUGCUAGCUGAAAUGGAAAACCUUAGAGCACAAAUUAAUGAGUUGAAGAAGGAAUCACAGACAGAAAGAUCUGAGAAAGAAAACCUAAGAAAACAGGUAUUCGAUCUGAAGAGUGAACUACAAAAUAAGGAGAGAGCUUCCAGCAUGUCAAACAUGAAGUUGGAAACUCGAGAAAUUUCAGCUUUAAAUCUAAACUCGGAAUCAAUUCAUAAUGUAUCUCAAAUGCUUCCUCAUACCAUACAGGAGCUUUCAACUUCAGAAGAGAGGAUGCAGUUGCUUCAGGACAUCAACCGUUCUGGUAACACCAUGCCAAGUAAUAAAGAAGCGAAAGUGGACCAGAACAAUGUUCAUGAAGCACUUCACGGAAGGAAAGUGGACUCUAAGUCAUCAUAUAAGGAACUCAAAUCGUCAACUUCUGGUAAAAAUAAUGAGGACCGUUAUAUUGACCUCCUUACUGAAAUGUCUUCUCUAAAGGAGAGGAAUCAAACUAUGGAAAGAGAGCUGAAAGAAAUGGAGGAGAGAUAUUCAGAAAUAAGUCUCAAAUUUGCAGAAGUAGAAGGUGAAAGACAACAACUUGUAAUGACUGUGCGAAACCUUAAAAAUAGUAAAAGAAUUUAGUAUUUUAUCAGGUCCUUGAUCAAGUCAUUUGAGAAUAUUCAUGGCUCUAGCAGGAAAAUAUUGAUUGAUUAUACAGAAAACUUGGUACAACCAAUUCAUUGAAAAUUACAAAAGUAUAGAUAUGUGCUGUCAGAAAA